AAUGAAGAUGCAAGUAAUAAAAUCCUCCAAUCCUCUUCUUUGUCUUCUCAAAGUUCAUUUACCUCAACGUCUCAAGUUUGUAGUAUGUCACAAGGACAAUUGUCUCAGCAUGGAAUAGAAAAAUAUCUAUUGCAACAUCAAUGCCCUACAUGUCUUGGAUACUAUUCACGUGCAGACAUAGAGGCUCAUGCAGACAUGUGUGCAGAAAGGUGGAUAGACCCAAUUGGCAAGUUAUCAGAUGACAAUCAAAAUAACCUGGAAAACACACUCAUUGCUGAAGAGGAAAUUGGACAGCCGACUGUUGCCACUAUGCAAGAAGUGGUUCAUCUAAUUCAGGACAAUGUUAACAGAUUGUCGACCAACAGAGUUACUAUUCGUAGGCGAUUAGCUUUUGCAGAUUAUGUGGAUGCACGGAAACGAAAAUGGUUUGCUGAAGGAGGAAAUCUUAAAAUUUGUUUUGCCGGUGAACCUUCUAUUGAUGGUGGUGGCCCAAGGAGGGAGUUUUUCACAGAUGUCCUACAACACAUUAAGUCAACUUUGUUUGAUGCAAAUGGUUAUCCACUGUUUAGUGCACGAGCACUAGCAAAUGAAGACUUCAUGGUUGCUGGUGAGUUAAUAUCAUCCUCUCUGGCACAGGGAGGACCAGCCCCAUGCUUCUUGGCAAAGAAUGUAUUUAAUUAUGUGGCUGAAGGGGUAAAUAGCAUACAGGCCAACAACUGGUUGGAGUUGGUUCAUGAUGCUAAUUUCAAAGAUGAAAUUGAUAAGUUAGUUAAAUGUGAGAGUGAUGAGGAGCUGAGGACAUUGCUUUGCUCAGAUGACAUGAUGAACAUUCUGCAAUCAAUCGGCUACAGGGGUGUUCCCUCCAAGGAGAAAUUGGCCUCACGAGACAACAUUAUUCGGUCGAUUGUAAUUGCAGGAAUUGGCCAUAUGCUGGCAAUGAUGGACCAAUUAAAAACUGGUCUUACACUUUUUGGGGUUCUGCAGCAAAUUCAACAUCACCGGAGAUAA